AUGUCUAACAAACGGAGUUUUGACGAGGCUGCUCUUGAAGGCUACGGCAACAACGAGUUGUUGAUAUCCAAUGCUGGAGAUACUGUUGACGACGCGUUGCUCUUCGAAAACAUACAGCUUAGCCCCCCGAACCCCGAACUAAUCGAACAGACAAUCUCGCAGCAGGUCGAGACUGCUGAGGUACCUUCUGCUGCAGUUGAUCCUGAGGAAACUUCAACAACCACCAUUCCUAGACCUCCAGUUGAAGAUAACGAUGCUGCUAUAACUACUGCCUUGGGAGCUGCCGAUCCCUCAACGGCUACGUCGGAUGCCACACAAGAAUCGGAAGCUGUUACAGCUCAGCAAACUGCGCAGAGACCACCUAAGAAGAAAGCUCGGAAGAAUCAUGUACCUACGAUAAAUAGAGGUAAAAAGGACUGGAGAGAUGCAUAUCUCACUAAUCACCACAAAAGAAAGAAUAACAUGAUGGCCGAAUGGGUAGCGGCAAAGGAGAGGCACAAGAAGUAUGAGGAAGCAACCUGGCCAAACGGCGAUGUCCCUGCUGACAAAAAAUUCAAAAAACGUGAGCCUCUCACAAGAGCGCCUACGGCUUGUGAUUUCUGCAGACUAUUUAAGUCGAGAUGCAACAGUGACAAGGACACGGAAUGUUCAAAUUGUGUCAAGUCAAACUCAUGGUGCGGCGAAACAAAUGCUUCGACCGAAGUCACUCAUUAUCGCGGAUUGAGUAAGGACCAGGAAGAAAAAAUUCAAACGCUGCAAGAGGAGCUUGAUGGGCUUAAAAGACGCGAACAGAAAUACAGGAACGAAAUCGAGGAGCUGAAAAAACAACUCGACGAUCCUCCUAGUGCUCUUCUCCCCAACUUUCCUGCGAGAAACAAUUCCCGAGCAAGCUAUUCUUGGGGAAACAACCAAGUUCCCCCUCUGCCGACCUUGUCUACCUCAUAUGGCUCCUGGGAAAAUCCCGGAGGCACAGAAUAUGGCAGGAACUACGGUGGGAAAGGCAUUACGCAAGUUCCGGCAGCUGGGAGCUUGGGUCCUAAUCAAUCGAACCAUCAACCUGGUCUAGGUACCGUUGCUAGUGGCUCGUCACAAACGGCUCUCGGCUAUCCUCCGCAACAAAAUGGAGUAGGACCUACUUCACUAACUAAUUACUCCCAAAUUGGCCGUCUUCAACCGGACACUCUCCUCCGUCAAGGCACAGCUGUCAAUUCCUACCAUGAGCGGAUCCAUCAACCCCUUGACGGCCAACUGGACGGAAUGACUCACGGACUUUCCACCCUCCAGUACGGUGGUUUCAAUCCUUCACUGGGCCAAGGGCUUCCGCAUAUGCCAUCCUUGGCCUCGCAAUAUCCUGCGCCGUUGCAGAUCCAAUCACUCCAUAACAACCAAAUGGAUUACUAUGCCUCUCCUUCUCCUGCAACGGUCAUUGCCCAGGGAGCUCAUCAGAUUAAAACUGACUCAUCCUACGCCUACGGAAACCCGCAGACUGAGGAGAUACCUUCUAAUUUGCAACGAUCAGCAGAAGACGACGAAUUAUGA